AUGCCCGAAGCGACGUCUGACAGCAUCGGAGCUUUGGAGCAGGCGCUGCUGGGAUUUCUUCCGAGCUCAGCUUCCAAUCCUUCAUUGUCUGUACAACAGGCCUCAACAAAAGCUUUUUUUCCAAAGAGUUGCGAUGUUUCUCAUACCCUACUUCGUCUUCUGCACGCCUGUGAGGCCAUAAAUGCUCGAACUAUUUCGGUGCCGAAUAAUUCAUGUCUCGGACUUUGCUUUCUGGCUGGCGGAGAAGCGACGGUGAGACUGGCAGCUGACGCAAACACCAUAAAAAACUCAAUCGAACCUACCUUCGUUGGUGGUGGUCGAUGUAGUCACGCGAGCCUUGUGGCUGCUCUUUCCUGGUUCCGCCGCUGGAAAGCAGCGCAUAUUUCAAAUGAAGAAACGCUUUAUUCAGAGAGUCCUUUUAAAUUGGUGGGGACCCUAUUCCCUUCAAUCUCUCAGGUUAGUCAGCUUAUUAGUUUUUCGCUUAUUAGACCUAGUUUAGUUUUAUCAUGCUGGUGUUUAUAA